CGGACGCCAGGAGGGGGCGUGGCCUCGCGGCAGUCGGGCUCUAGGCUGAGUGAGGUGUGGGUCUCCGCGAGUUUCGUCGGAGUCGGUUUGUGAUUCUGGGACGCGAAAGGACUCGGGUCUCGUGCCCCUUGUCGCCGUGCGUGUGUUUCUCAGCGUCUCUCCUAACUCAGCGCUUGGGCUCGCGGCCACCUCGUUCAGAGCAGCUCCCGGGUCCGGCCCCGGGCGGGCGGCUGUCACCGCGCUUUGGGCCGGACGAUGCCCAAGAAGCUGCUUCUGCUGCCCCCGCUGAACCCGUACUCGGCCUUCCGCGCCCCGCGAGCCCAUCCCGCAGCCCCGCCGGCCAUGAACGCCGCCCGCACAGGCUACCGCGUCUUCUCGGCCAACUCCACGGCCGCCUGCACGGAACUGGCCAAACGCAUCACCGAAGCUUUUUGUUUUUCAGAAACAAGAGUUGAAAUAAAAGAAUCUGUUCGUGGCCAAGAUAUCUUCAUUAUACAGACAAUACCCAGAGAUGUGAACACAGCUGUGAUGGAGCUCCUGAUCAUGGCUUAUGCACUGAAGACUUCCUGUGCCCGGAACAUCAUCGGGGUCAUCCCCUACUUCCCCUACAGCAAGCAGAGCAAGAUGAGGAAGAGGGGCUCCAUCGUGUGCAAGCUCCUGGCGUCCAUGCUGGCCAGAGCGGGUUUAACUCACAUUAUCACUAUGGAUCUUCACCAAAAGGAAAUACAAGGCUUUUUCAGCUUCCCCGUGGACAACCUUAGAGCCUCACCUUUCCUGCUUCAGUACAUCCAGGAAGAAAUUCCAAAUUACAGAAAUGCAGUCAUUGUAGCUAAAUCUCCUGAUGCUGCAAAAAGAGCUCAGUCGUACGCGGAGAGGCUGCGUCUGGGGUUGGCUGUGAUCCAUGGGGAAGCUCAGUGCACCGAGCUGGACAUGGAUGAUGGUCGUCAUUCUCCCCCAAUGGUCAAAAACGCUACUGUGCACCCGGGCCUGGAGUUGCCAUUGAUGAUGGCCAAAGAGAAGCCACCAAUAACCGUAGUUGGAGAUGUGGGAGGACGCAUCGCAAUCAUAGUGGAUGACAUUAUUGAUGAUGUUGAGAGUUUUGUUGCUGCUGCGGAGAUCCUAAAAGAGAGGGGUGCUUACAAGAUCUAUGUUAUGGCCACUCACGGCAUCCUGUCUGCUGAGGCCCCCCGCCUGAUUGAGGAAUCCUCCAUUGAUGAGGUCGUGGUGACGAAUACUGUCCCUCAUGAGAUCCAGAAGCUGCAGUGUCCCAAGAUAAAGACUGUGGAUAUCAGUUUGAUUCUUUCUGAAGCAAUCCGGAGAAUCCACAAUGGAGAGUCCAUGGCUUACCUUUUCCGAAACAUCACAGUGGAUGACUAAGUGGCUGUCACGCUAGCGCCCUGAAGGAGCAGGAGCGAAACAUGUACAGAGCGUGCCCUCAGUCACACACACACAGUGUUUGUUUUCAGGGAUGGAAUGGAAAUAGUGAGGAGCUAGGUAUUUUUCUUGCCAAGCUUCAGUAGAGGGGACGUUCAGAUAGUAAAAAAGACCAAGCUAGUGAUAAACAACAUGGCCUUAAAUGUCUCCCAUCGCAGCCUCUGCAGAAGUUACAGAUACUCUCCUGGAAAGCCUGGGAAAGUUGUUACAUUGAAGAGGAGUUAAAAGCAGAUAAAGUGUUAUCUCUGUGUGUUCGUCUGUUUCCGCUCCCGAGAAUGCAGGUGUGGUGUUGAACUUCGCUGGGGAGCAGAGUGCCCCUGCCACUUUCUGUCCAGUUGUCCUCUACCUAGUUAAGUUCACCUAAGUUUUUUGUAGCAAAGCCUAUUUUUCUUUCAGAAACUGCCAAGCCUACUGCCAUGGAACAGCAAAGCAUUAUAUUUUUUGUUUCUCCCAGGGUUAUCACACUGCAGGCCAUCCUUGGGUAUCUGUGUCACUGUAGUUGCAAAUAAAAGAAUUUAUUGUCUCCCU